CUACUAGGUUGCAGCUCAUGUCGACCCCUCCCCAACUUCUCCUGCGCACUGCAAUCAAACUGAAUAUCAAAGACCGCUCCUGCGUAAAGUUGCUGGCACCCGCCUCUUCGCUCUCCAAACCUGAACCAUGUACCCGUUUAAUGCCAGUUUCAGUAACUUCAGUCUGAUGAUGGAGGUUGCGGACAUGCCCCGGGAUGAGAACCUGGCCAAAGUAGAGAUCGCGCUGCUCAGCGUCAUCUUCGUCUUUGCCGCUAUCCUGAACACGGGUCUACUACUGGUUCUGUGGAAGCGGCGCAAACAGGUAUCCAAGAUGCGUGUCUUGGUGUUCCACCUUUGCGUUGCAGACCUGGUUGUGGCGUUUUUCCAGGUGUGCCCGCAGCUCAUGUGGGACAUUACGGACAGAUUCAUCGGACCGGACCUGGUGUGCCGAUUGGUGAAGUAUCUGCAGGUCGUAGGCAUGUUUGCGUCCACCUACAUGAUCGUAGUGAUGACCAUUGACCGCUACCAGGCUAUCUGCAACCCUAUGGUCAAAUUUCAGAGGAGACGCAAGCGCUGGAACAUCCCUGUUUGCAUCGCCUGGGCGAUAUCCCUCGUGGGCGGCCUGCCUCAGAUCUUCAUCUUCUCGCGGGUCCAGGUGGCGCCCGGGGUGUUCGACUGCUGGGCGGACUUUAUCCAGCCCUGGGGCUUGAAGACCUACAUCACCUGGACCACGAUGGUUAUCUUUGUCUUGCCCAUUUUGACCGUGGUGGUGUGCCAGGUGCGAAUCUGUCGAGCCAUCCAGAAUAACCUUUACUUAAAGACGCACCAGGAUGGGGGUAGCGGGGUUGCCUUUCAGCUGCCCUCCAGAACCAGCAGCGUGGCUGGUGUGUCCAAAGCACGAAUCAAAACUGUGAAGAUGACAGUGGUUAUCGUACUUGCCUACAUCAUCUGCUGGACUCCGUUCUUUACCGUCCAGCUUUGGUCUGUGUGGGACAAGGACGCGCCAACAGAAACCGCAACGUUCACCAUCCUGAUGCUGUUGGCAAGUCUGAACAGCUGCGCCAACCCCUGCAUCUACCUGCUCUUCAACGGUCAGCUGCCCAAUAAGCUGACGGUGCUGUGCCGAAGGCCUUCCAACGGGAAAGACUCCAUUAACUAUGAGGCCACAGUGGUCAGCUCGCUCUACAUGAGCUUCAAAAGCAUCUCCGACUCCAAAUAGAACACACAGUUUUCAUAUUCUCCAGGUAUGGGGAAGCAAGUAACUAAAAGGCACGCUUUAGAACCUGAAAGGGUUCUUUGGCUGUCCCCAUAAGAUAACUCUUUGAAGAGGUUCCAUGUAGAACCCGUAACA